UGUGCAGCGGCUCUACCCCCGUCAUGAUGGCCAUAGACUGGCGAAAUAGUGUGAACGCGAUAGCACUCGGUGCUGUCGUUCUGGUCCUGAUGGGUGCAUUCCAGGUUGAGGCAGUUCGUGUGUCGCUGCCAUCGCCAACAACUUCCAGACGUGUUACAGAUGAUAAACCAGCCGCCGAUCAGACUCCAGCUUCGUCCUGGUGGUCAUCACACGUCGCUGACACGGUGCCAUCAGCGAAGAACUACUACCAGGCCACACACGGACUGGUACAGACACAUCCAGCGUUGGCCAAGGGUAGUCCACAGGCAUCGCCUCUGUCGCAAUCACGUGUGCCUUCCCCGACGUCCCUGUCAAGUGGAUUUCCAUCAAUUGCCAAUGCAAACUCACGAUCACCAUUCCGCCAUUUGGACUUCAGUAGCAGUGCCACCGCCGAACUGAGACGCAAUCCAAGUUUGUCCGCCCCGGAUGAGUGUGCCCGAGCUUGCCGCGAAGGAGAACCACCGAGGAUUUGCUAUUAUCACUUCACCGCCGAGUACUACACCGUCCUGGGAGCUGCCUGUCAGGUGUGUACCCCAAAUGCCACCAACACAGUAUGGAGCCACUGUCAGUGCGUGUUGGCCGAUGGUGUCGAGCGAGGUAUCCUGACCAUCAACCGUAUGAUCCCCGGGCCGAGUAUUCAGGUGUGCGAGAACGAUCGAGUUGUGAUCGAUGUCGAGAACCACAUGGAAGGUAUGGAGUUGACCAUUCACUGGCACGGAAUCUGGCAGCGAGGAACACAGUACUACGAUGGUGUACCAUUUGUGACGCAAUGCCCCAUCCAGCAGGGAAAUACCUUCAGAUAUCAAUGGACUGGUAAUGCAGGUACGCACUUCUGGCACGCUCACACUGGUCUCCAGAAACUUGAUGGUAUUUACGGUAGCAUCGUCGUUCGCCAGCCACCGUCCCGUGACCCCAACUCGCACCUGUACGACUUCGAUCUGACCACCCACAUCAUGUUGGUAAGCGAUUGGCUCCAUGAAGAUGCCGCCGAACGGUACCCAGGUCGUCUGGCCGUCAACACCGGUCAGGAUCCCGAAUCUCUGCUCAUCAACGGCAAGGGACAGUUCCGUGAUCCCAACACCGGUUUCAUGACCAACACUCCGCUGGAAAUCUUCACCAUCACCCCGGGCAGACGUUACCGAUUCCGUAUGAUCAAUGCCUUUGCCUCCGUUUGCCCGGCCCAAGUCACCAUCGAAGGACACGGCCUCACAGUCAUCGCCACCGAUGGAGAACCAGUGCUUCCAGUGCAAGUCAACACCAUUAUUUCAUUCUCAGGCGAACGUUACGACUUUGUCAUCAGCGCCGACCAGCAAGUGGGUGCCUACUGGAUUCAGCUCCGAGGUCUCGGCGAGUGCGGUAUCAAGCGUGCCCAGCAGUUGGCCAUCCUCCGAUAUGCCCGCGGUCCAUACCAGCCAGCGUCGCCUCCGCCAACCUACGAUGUCGGUUUGCCACAGGGAGUGGUCCUCAACCCACUGGACGCCCAGUGUAACAUCCAACGCGACGAUGCCAUCUGCGUGAGCCAACUGAAGAACGCCAAGGAGGUUGACCGUGCGCUGCUGCAGGAGAAACCGGACGUCAAAAUCUUCCUGCCAUUCCGUUUCUAUCUCUACCGACCGGAGGAACUGUUCCAACCGAACACCUACAAUCGAUUCUUGGUUGCCCCAACCGGAGACCACGUAAUCUCGCUGAUCGACGAAAUCUCGUACCUGUCUGCUCCCGCUCCGCUGCUGUCGCAGUACGACGAUAUUAACCCGGAACAGUUCUGUAACGGUGACAACCGGCCGGCCGAUUGCGGUGCCAACUGCAUGUGUACCCACAAGGUGGACAUCCCAUUGAAUGCGAUCGUCGAAGUCGUGCUGGUCGAUGAAGUCCAACAACCUAAUUUGAGCCAUCCGUUCCAUCUGCACGGUUACGCGUACAACGUGAUCGGUAUUGGACGUUCGCCCGAUUCCAACGUGAAGAAGAUCAAUCUGAAGCACGCGCUCGACCUCGAUCGCCGUGGUUUGUUGCACCGACAGUACAACCUGCCGCCGCUGAAGGAUACCAUCGCCGUGCCAAACAAUGGCUACGUGGUAAUGCGUUUCCGCGCUGAUAAUCCUGGUUUCUGGUUGUUCCACUGUCACUUCCUGUUCCACAUCGUGAUAGGCAUGAAUUUGAUUCUCCAGGUCGGUACGCUCCAGGAUCUGCCUCCAGUACCGCCAAACUUCCCAACAUGUGGCGAUCACUUACCGCCAAUUCAGUAAAACUUCGAUCGACUAAUCAAAAUCUAGCUAAAA